UUAUCCCUAAGUGAUUACAGUGACACUGAGUAGCAGAAGGGUCUCCCAACAGCUUAGCCUCAGCUCACGGAAGGCCACCUUUUAAACACUUUUGAGGUGCGAUUUGCAUGCAACAUUUUUCAAGGAGACAGAUGAGUCUCACCAGGGACACUCAAGUUUGCACUGUAAAGUUUUUCCCGAAAGAUAUAUGACCAGGCUCUGUUUUACUGCUUAUUAAAAACACGAACAGGUUUAUAAAGAAAUCUUGACCAAGCCCUUCCCCGUGAGCACCAGCAAACUGGCUAGACCAGAGGAAUGUCACAGACCCAGAGGAAAACUACCAGCUUAUCUCUGGCCAUUGGUUCUUCAGCCAGUGAAGACUUUAGCAGCAGCAGCAAAAAACAUCACAGUUAUUCCACUUCGAUUCCGCCAGUAUCCGUCGACUCUCAAAGAAUGCAAAGUCCAACAAACCUCCAGACCGGACUGACCUAUGAAGCAGCCCCUGUCUUCACAAAGGGUCUACAAAACAUUUUUGCUACCAAAGGCCAGCUAGUGGUUUUUGAAUGUCGGAUACGAGCAUCACCCACUCCUGAAGUACGUUGGUUCAGAGAGUUCAAUCAAAUAAUUGACUCAGCAGACUUCCGAAUAUUAAGAAAAAAGGCUUGCUCAUCCUUGGUCCCUGAGGAAGUUUGCACCUUGGUGAUUACAGAAGCUUUUCCUGAAGAUUCUGGAACGUUUAAAUGCAUUGCUGCAAAUGAGUUUGGAGCAGUGGUAUCCAGUGCCUCCCUUUUGGUUACCCAAGGAACAGAAGAGACCGAAGGUUUUAAUGCGGCUCCCUGGCUGUCAGAUACGACAACCACAAUGAACAUCAGCUCUGCACCUAACAACCCAUAUGUGGUCCUGGGAAAAGAUGAAGGAUACGAACCUUCCAGUGUUAUGCCACAAAAUCCCUCUGACUUUGCAACUCAAGUGGCGCAUGACAGCUCCUGGCCACAGACUUACGGUGAUGAAAGUGAGAAUUUUCAUGGCAUGUAUGAAAAACCUUCAGAUAAUUCAUUUCACUGGGAUUGUCAUCAUCAAGAGAGCCACUCUUUGCUGAGGCAGGGGUUCUAUUCCAGCCAGGAACCUAGCCAAGAAAGGCCACAAAAUUUAUCGUCUAAUUGGUUCCAGCCACCAAUCCAAAGCCCAUUUCCACCUUCUAAAACUCAGGACAAUUGUGAAAGCGUCCCCAUGAGUAUCAGUAAUCUCCCAUCUGUGUCCUCUAUGUACCAACCAAGUAUGUUUAACUAUGAGCGUCCAAAACACUUUAUUCAGUCUCAAAAUCCAUACCAAGGGAAGCCACAGCCUCCAGGACCAGAAACCUCUGCUACUCUUCCAAGCAGGCCAAUCAAGCAGUCUUCCAUUCUAAUCCAGCCUUGUAACCCUAAUGAGAAGAAAUUUUCUUCCUCUUCAUCGCUGAGCUCGCCUAUCUCGCUCUCCUCGCCUUCAUGUAGCGCUUCAUUUCCCGUAACACCCGCAUCUGCGCAGUCUCCUGCUAGCUCAUCAUCUGGGCAGAGGAUUUCAUCCAUGCAUAACCAGUCCCCUGCAGCAUUCCUUUGUUCCGUGUUGCCCUCUUCCCACUUUGAUUGUAAUAGCCAAGGCCCUUCCUCAGUGGACUCCAACAGUUACUCAAAGCCUAUGUACAAGAAGCAAACCAGCAGCACCAAACAAGUGCAAAAGACUUCUGACAGAGAGAUACAAGGAACAAAAGAUGCUCUCAUUCAAGACUUGGAAAGAAAGCUACGAUGUAAAGAUAACCUUCUUCAUAAUGGAAACCAACGUUUAAGCUACGAGGAGAGAAUGGCUCGCAGGUUACUUGGACCAGAAAAUGCUGCAUCUGUGUUUGAACCUCAGAGUGAAGAAAAUGCACAGGACACACAUCAGCAGAACAUGGAAAGCACACGGCUACAAGUUCCUACACCACAAGUAAGGAGCAGACCAUCUUCAAGAGGAGAGAGGAAUGAGCAAGGGUCAAUCCAGGAAAAGUUCUUUCAACCACGCUUCUUGCAAGUUCCUGAAGACGUAACAGUUGAAGAAGGGCGAUUCUGCAGACUUGAUUUCAAGGUCAGUGGGCUACCAACUCCAGAUGUGGCAUGGUUCUUAAAUGGAAGACAAGUUCAUCCAGAUGACUUUCAUAAAAUGCUUGUAUCUGAAAAAGGCUUCCAUUCAUUCAUCUUUGAAGUUGUCCGGGUUUAUGAUGCAGGAACCUGGGAGUGUGUGGCUUUUAAUCGUGCUGGAGAAGCUUCCUUUAGAGUAAAGCUAGAUGUCAUUGCACGAGAACAUCGGAAAGCCCCGGUUUUCAUCUAUAAACCACAAAGCACAAAAGUUUAUGAGGGGGACUCUGCCAGGCUUGAAUGCCAAGUGUCUGCUAUCCCCCCACCACAGAUCUACUGGAAAAGAAAUAAUGAAAUGGUACAAUUCAAUACAGACAGAAUCAGUAUGUUUCAUGAUACAGCUGGAAAGGUUUGCUUGCUGAUCCACAAUACAAAUAAAAAAGAUGCUGGUUGGUAUACUGUGUCCGCUGUCAAUGAAGCAGGAGUGGCAACAUGUCAUGCCAGACUGGAUGUGGCUACUCACACAUACAAGCCAAUGCCAAACCCAAAGCCACUGAAAGUACGACCAACUUUUAGCAAAUACUUGGCACUCAAUGGUAAAGGUCUGAACGUGAAACAAGCUUUCUUACCUGAUGAAGGAGAGUUUCAGCGUAUGGCAGCACAGUCUGGACUCUAUGAGAGUGAUGAACUUUAACUGACAAGAAUAGGGAAGAAAACUUCCAUUGCUCCUGCAACAGACUUACAAAGAACACAUAGAUUCAGUUAAGUGGUGGUUGCACUGGUUAGCAAACAUGCCUAAUAUAUUUUUAUUUAUAAUUUAACUUUUGCUCUUACUUCCUGCUGCUGUGGUUUUUAUGGAUGGUUGUGACUGUAGCAGAAGGAAAUAUCAAUGUUUGUACUCCUAAUGUUAAAGGACAAGAAAUUAGGCUAAUGGACGAUCAUGAAAGUACAGAUGGCUUGAAUGCAUCUAGAUUCAGUCACAAGGUUUUUAUUUGUACCACUUUGUUAAUAUCAAUCCCCAUAAUACUACAGUUUGUGCUGGCUGACUACUAAAACAUAAACUUGAGUGUUUUUAAUGAAAGUUUUAUGUCCAAUGCAAAUAAAAGUUUUAAAUAUA